CUAUCUCAACGACAACAGACUCAACGGCACUUUGCCAACCAACUUCGCAAGCUUCUCAGCCCUUCAAGUCCUAAUCCUCUCCAACAACAAGCUGCAGGGCAGCAUACCACCCUCCAUUGCAAGUGCUCCAAAACUGAGAAAACUCCUGCUCGCCAACAACCAGCUGUCUGGCCGCCUCCCUGACCCUUCGGUCACCAACCCAGCCUUCUUCACAUUCGACGUGCAGAACAACAACCUCUCCGGCCCAAUCACAGACUCCAUGUUCCCCCCCUUGCCGAAGCUCUACAUCUUCCAACUCUCCGGAAACCGCUUCACAGGGCCUGUCCCGCUGGUGCUCGCUCGCUGCCCAAGCCUCGUGGAAGUGAGCAUCAGUGAGGGCAUGGAGUGCCCCUCGCCUGUCUCUGCCUGCACUCCCUCUCUCACCUCCCUCCUCGCCUCCUCUGCUGCUCCACUCGCCUUCUGCUCUCUCUGCCCCAACUUGUGCACGUAUUGCAAGGCUG